UUUCAGUCCACACGGCGGGACACGAGACAGCGCUGAUCGUCCGAAAGGAGCGAGGCACCUCAAAUCUGCCGAAAAACACCCGGAACGAAGGAACUUUACAGGGCCGCUGUCAUUUGGACGCUUAAGGAAUAUCGAUAAACCUGUAGCGUUUACUGGUGAUUGAUGCGGUCCGUUCGUGAACAGUCUGCGCUCUGUCUGAGGGUUUAACAAAGGUGGGAGACGCGUCUGCUGUCCCCUAUCACAGGGGGGAAGGUAUGAUCUUUAAUAUAAGCCAGUUUGGGGUCAUGCAAUAAGUAUAAAUGCACAUUGAUGAGCAAAAGGAGACAGGCUGGCGAAGGCGAAAGAAGUGGAUUUUUUGAGGGGAGCAGUAGAGGAUCGUGUGCAGGAGAUGUCUCUGUGGAUGAUACUACCCGUCAGCCUCCCAGCUCUGACCAUCACUGGAAUAUGGGUUGUUGAGAUCCGCAUGGGAGAAAGACGGACAGAGAUUGUAUCCAACGGCAGGUGCUGGGUGUGUUUACCUUCCACAAAGCACUUUUCUUAUCUCAUUGUGCAUUUGUAAGCAACUUUUGCUUUGCUUGAAAGUGCUCUUCCAUCAGAUUCUGGUAAAAUCUGUAGGCAAAUGUUUGCUUUGACUGUUAUCUGAUGCUCCUGUGUUCAUUGACAUCUCAUGAGGGUCGAUGUGACUGGAUCAGGAGGGUGUCGACCUGGUUUCAUCAUCGUGGGUAAAGAAUGACACAAUGCCGAUGUAUGCCAUGGCCUUGUAUAACCAGCAUGUCUGUCCUGUGGACAACUGGAUGUAUAACCAGUCAUGUGAGGUGGAUCUGCCAAUGCAGAGGGGACCAACCAUGUGCUGUACUCUGGACAAUGUUCCCCUCAUAAGUAAAUGUGGCACACUUCCUCCAGAAAGCUGCUUCUUCAGUCUCAUCUGCAGCACCGGAUCCUUUAUGGUUAUGGUGAUCGUAUUGCUACGGUAUGCCCAUGUGAUAGAGAAGCACCAGAACUGUGUGUUAAACACAGCAAGUCUCUCCACUGGCUGGAUCUGUGCCGCAGGACUCAUCAUGGUCGGCAACUUCCAGGUGGAUAAUGCCAAGGUUCUUCACUAUGUUGGAGCAGGGGUGGCCUUCCCCACUAGUAUGCUGUUUGUGUGUCUGCAGUCUGCGCUGACCUAUCGCCUGGCGAAGACUCAGGGAGAAUAUAAUAUGGGUCAUUUGCGCCUCUUUAUGACCCUGCUGGCCUUUGUGGCCCUGGUGCUUAGCGGUGUGUUUUUUGUCCAGGAGAGUUUUGUCCUGCAACACGCAUCUGCCAUUUUCGAGUGGGUCUUCUGUGUCAUUAUUAUGCUGUUCUACGGCACAUUCGCUUUUGAAUUCACCGGGAUAUCUAGUGACACAAUGAUGGUGCUGGCCCGAGGACAAUCUCUACAGUCCGCAAGCCGAGACCACAAAAUGGAGUCUCUCGGUGGAGCCAGUCAGCUCCCCUCUGAGAGCCUGUCCAUACUGUAACCUCAGUGUCCUGUAUCUGACAAUCUCUCUCAGCACUAGAAAAGAACACUACGGCCAUAGAGGGAAAGUGACAGAAACUGGACCUGGCUCUCAUACAACCGGCUUACCUUUGCCAAAGAAUCCAGCUCAGAUUUUGCACAUUUUUGAGAGACUUCUUCACUCUCGCACAGCUUCCAUGCUGGAAAAAAACAAAGUUCAUUGCCUGGAUGUGUUGGAGUUUUUUUUAGAUCUCAUUGGGAUUAUUAAGUACCUGUGUUACUUGGAUUAACGGAACUACAGGCUGCUAGUUGGUUACACUUCAUGUGUCCAUUGGUGAAACCACUACAUCAAUGGCGUAGCAAACUAAACCGAAGCCUUCUGCAAUCAUCAACGCUCAAGCAUUUUAACAGAGUGCCUAAAAACAAAUGUUACUGUGCCAAUUUCAGACAAUGCAAGACAAUGAAUCCAAAAAUGCUGAUGUUUUCUGUGCCUUUAGGUUUGUUUUCAAAAGCAGAGAUGGUUAAAUAACAUUUUACUGUCAUAUCUCUGCUGUCUGUACCAUAUGCUGUCUUAAAUGUAUUGUUCAGGAGAUUGUCAUUACCAAUGUGCCUUAUACCGAAAACCAAAUAUAGAUAUUUAAUAAAAAUGUACGUCAAUAGUCAGAUUGCCUUAAAUAUAUAAGGCAUGUAUUUUUUCAUACGCGGCAAAUGUUAUGCUGGUUGUAAACAAGUAAGCUGAACGAGAUCAGCAAAAACAUCUCGCGAAACAGGCGCAUAAGCUUAUCACAUUAAGUCGCCAGUAAUUGGUGCCAUUCCAGAUGUCAUAUUAGAGUCUAUGAGUAUUGUUGUGACCAAAUGUAAUUGAAAAGAGUUUAUCCUGAGGUCAGUGUGAUCAUAGGCUUCUCUCUUUCUGUCACUGUGGGAAUUGUUGUGUGUUGAUUGGGGGUUUGUGGGAGUUGGUUACAAGGAAGCAUCUAGUAAUGAAAGACUGAGUUUCCCCAGAAGCUGCCCUUUAAUGUAAAGGAUGAUUAGUUUAGCUGUUCUUAAAUGUAUCGUAGGUCUUUGUGAGCUGUUUUUUUUUUUGUGGACAAAAUUACUUGCAGCAGGACUGCAAGUUUUGUUUGUUUUGAAAAAAAAAAAAACAGAUGCAGUUUGUUUUACAUCGGUCAAAUGUUUUCACACUACCAGCAUGACAAAAAAAUCGUAUUGUUCCUCAGUCAUUAUCAAGGGAGUUUUGUCAUUUGUCAGGAUAAGAGCCAUAUUUAUGCUUAUCACCAUUUCAUUCUACCAGUGCUGUCCUGAAAACAUCUUUCGUGUUAUUUCAGUUUACUAACUCUCUGCGCUCAGGAAUUUCAGAUCUUUUGCUGUCACAUAUGGUCUGUGUUAAUCCAAAGUUUAGAACAUUUGUUGCCACAAAGCAUUAUUUUGCUUUAAACCAUUGUCUGAAAAAUAUUUCUGAAAUUGCUGAAAGAAAUUGCUCAUCCAAAAAUAAAAAUUCACUGAACACUCA